UGAGCACUAAAAUGUAAUACCUACGGUAAAAAAUUGAUAUCUUUAGAACAACCGUGUAUAUUUGCAAUUGCAAGAAAUGUAUGCAGUUUCUUCACAGUCGAGUGUGAGCAACAGGAGUGCCAGAGAUGAAUUCGCGGAUGACGACGAAGAUUAUGAUGACGCAGAAAUACAAUGGAGUGACGCCAUUUUCAUACCGUUCAAUCCUAUAUUCCAGCUGAUUGUGUUAUUUUGUGUAAUCCAUAAGACCUUUCUGGGACCGAUAGAGGCUGCUUUUAGUUUAUCGGCCUGUUCAGAUAUAAUGGAUCUUCACAUUAUUACCAAAGGAAUCAGUUAUUUUUACUCCGUCUUUGCUAAUGGCAUUUACUUUUUGGAUACAUUUUUGCAUAUUGUGCACAGACAAGUUACAGAUAAAGCAGUUAGAAGACAGCAUCUCCCGAAAUCGGCACUUCUAAUUUUAUUGGACGUUUUAUCAUUGAUACCUUUCAAUAGUAUGAUAUCGUCAGAGUCCUGUACAAUAAAUUUCUGGCCGAAUAUAUUAUGUUUUACAGAGUUUAUUAUUAUUUACAGAGUUGUAGAAUAUUUUGAACUCGUGACAACACAUAAUCAUUGGAAACUAUACAUGGGAUAUACGAUUACCAUCCUGAUAUGUUUGAACUGCAUGACAUGUCUGCUGCUAUUGCUUACAUUUCAUGGACUCUGCCCGAACUGUAGUAGCAGAACAGAAUACUUCUUUGACUGGAGACAAUUUGCUAGAAAGAAAAAUAAUACUUUGAGUAAUAAUGUUGUCUGGUACUUUUAUGGCUACCAAUAUAUUUAUUCGUAUAUGAUAAAUAUCUCAUUGGACGAAACUAAACCAUUAACUAUAUUGGAAUUUGUAAUAGCAUGCGUUCUUAUGAUUUGUGGCUAUAUUUUUACGGUUGUUUUGCUUCUGCCAAAGUUCUUUUCCGAAGGCAUUCUAUCACUGCGGUGGAUAUCGAAGUUUCAUCCUCAUGUUAAAAAACUGAUAGAAGAAACCAAACGGAGAAACACUUCGCCUACAGCAUAUACUAGCGUUCAAAGUUUCUACAACCUAAUGUGGACUCAACGCAGUGGCAUCGUCAACACACCUGAAAUUUUGACGGAGUUACCAAGAUAUCUACGAAUUGAAAUCCGACAAGAUUUGACAUGGCAAGUAUUUUACCACAGUCCGACAUUAAGAAAAACAUCAACAUCCUUUAAAAGGCAUCUUAGUGACUUAAUACGUAUGGACUACAAGUUGCCCGGUGCAAAAUUUUUUAUUGGACCACAUGCGAAUACAAAUCUAUAUUAUAUAAAAUCGGGCAUCGUACAAUUUAUUUCUACAGACGAUGGAAUGACACCACUGUUGUCAGUUUCAGGAGGCACUCUUUUUGGUGAUAUCAGUUUCUUUAUUUAUCCCAUGAAAAGAAAAAUAUAUGUUAAAUGCUUAACAUACUGUGAACUCUUCUAUAUUACACGAGCUGAUUUGCUAAGAGGUCUACAUCAUUACCCUGACGAUAGAAAGAAUGUUCUUCAUCUGGCACAAGAAAAGAUACGACAUGCCAGAACAUUAUACAGUUGCAAACAAAAUAUAAAAGGUUUAGAUAGAUCUGAGGAUGAAGGCAUGGAAUGGCUAAAAAGGCGAUGGUGGGAAAUAUCUGACAGCGUUGAUGCAUAUAAAAAAAGAUCACGGCUAUCUGUCAAGUGUGAAAUACCUCCAGAAGAUUCUAAUUAUCAUUGUGCCAAGUACAUUGGACAAUUGGUCUUGUGCAAUAAUGCACAGUUGAAAAAGAAAUCAAUAUUUCUUAAUGAUAAAUUUCCAUGGGUUCUAUCAUCGAAGUCAACAUUCAACCAUGUUUGGCAUGUCUUUGUUGUUGCUAUAGUAUUAUUUGUAUUGAUAACGUUUCCUCCUAAUUUAUCACUCUCACAAAUACCACCGUGGUUCAUAACUGCAAAAUAUUUCACAGAUUUCGUUUACAUCGCAGAUAUUUGUGUAUCUUUGUGCACAUCUGUAUCAUCCAAUGAAUCUGCUACAAAAGAUUUUGCUUCGGCGAUGUUACUCAGGUGCAAAGAAUGUAGCUUCGUUUUCGAUGUACUCGCAGCAUUAUGGGUUGAAAAUAUUGCUCUUUUGAUCGGAACACCCCAGUACUACUAUAUUUUUCAGUUUAAUCGUCUUAUUAAAAUUUAUAUGUUAUUUCCAAAGAUCGGGCGGAAUUGGAGCAUAGGGGAAGAUCAUAUCUUUCCGGUACAUUUGAGAAUACUUAUCGGUUAUUUUUCUUAUAUGUAUAUUGUUUCCUAUGUAGUUUUCAUUUUGAUUCGUCAGUUCCGAAAUAUGACACCUGGUUAUUUUUUUGGAUGGAUUAAUUGUAGCAACCCGAGUUUAUCUAUAACCGAUUGUUACCUGCAGACUUUGCGUCAUGUGUUUGUGGCUAUAAAGUUUGUUUUUGAAUAUACAUGUCCUGAAAUUCUUCCUAAUAACUUAUUAGACAUAUUAAUAGGUUUGGUAAUAACUUAUCACGGGUUUUUUCUGUCUAUGUACUGCAAGUCCAGAUUUCUGGCAGGCAUGUAUUUAAAGUUUAGAGAAAGGGUGAGCUAUCAAAGAUUUGUGAGUACAUUAAGAAGUUAUUAUCAUCAUCAUACGAUUCACAAAAGCCUUCUGAUAAGACUAGAAAGGUAUAUAGUAUGUCAUUGGAAAUAUUACCAUGGCGUAGAGGUGCUUCGUCAAAAUGCUAUUAAAGACGAGCCUUAUGAUAUUUAUUGGAAAGUACAGGGUGAAGUAGCCGAGAAUAUUAUUAGCAAUUCACCACUCUUGAACAGCGCUGACCCUGGACUCAUUAGAGAACUGGCUUGCAAUAUGAAAUACUUAAUAAUGCCUAAAUCUUCAACUUUGUUUUUAUUUGGUGUAUUAUGUAAAAAUGUCACCUGGAUAGUUCAAGGCAGUGUGAAAUGUGAGUACCUCAACGAAAAUGGAGAAGUGAUGAGAAGAUUUUUUGGGCCUGGUGAUAUGAUUAGUAUUGCAGCUACAAUAUUUGAAAAACCAUCAGUUCGUACUUAUAUUGCACUUACAGAUUGUGAGAUUAUUUAUAUAGAAAUCAAUGAGUUUAAAAACAUCUUGAAAAGAUUCCAUAACGAAUGGGUCCAUUUAUAUAAUACUGUUACAGAAUUCUCAGAUGCAUUUGAUGAAAUAAAUGAUUUAUAUUUUACUAGACAUGAAGAUUACCAGCGCAAACUGCGUCAUCGCAUAUUUUGUGCGAGAAAGUCUCUGUAUAGCAUACAAGCUUCAAAGCACCUUUUACCGACGAUAUCGGAAAAUCGCAAAAAAAGAAAAAUGAAUGAUUUACAAUCUGAGUUACAUGUCAAUCCGAAAUCUAAUUUCAUGAAAUUUUGGAUGCCAUUUAGAGCUAUAACUGUAGUGUUAGCUAUUGCUUCUACAGCAUUAAUUGGUGGUGGUGGAGUUUAUUACCAAUGGCAUUUAAAUUUUAUAAAGACUUUAUGUACAGCUAUAUCUUUAAUGGAUGUUAUACUGAAAAUGUUUCUAGCGUAUUACGACGACAAAGGUAUUUUGGUUACUGCAAGGCAGAAAACUAUAACGAACUACGUCACUCGCGGGUUCACAAUGGAUAUUAUCGGCUUAAUCCCUUGGGACAGUGUAUUAAAACUAUUACUAUCCAGAAACAUACCUGACGGCUAUUUGAAGCUUAUCAACACUACAACUCAGUUCGCUCAUUUGUACAUUCUAACUGGAUAUUUUGAUUAUUUAGCCGACCAGCCGACGGCGUGCGCCGUUUUCAUCAAAAUAAUUAAAUGGCAAUUAGUAAUGUUACUAUUGACGCUCGCUAGCAGUCACUUUCUUAUCAACAGUUGCGUUGAGUUCAGUUUCGACUCUAACAACAAUAUAGUCAACGUAAAAAAAAUUGAUACUUGUUGGCUGCCCAUGUAUUUGAAGAUAGACGAUAAUCCAACAUCUAGCCAAUUGACAAUGUUAUAUGCAAAUAGUAUUAAUUUGGCACAAUCUGGCCUUAGUAAUAUCAAUUUGGGCAAAUUUCGGAUUAAGGAGCAAGAAAGUUUGGUAGUUGCGAUUAACUUAUUUAUACUCGGUGUAACAUAUUGGUUCGUCGUAGCAUACUCAUUAACAAUAUUGGUCCUUAUGUCAAGAACCGACACCUUGUUCCAACAUAGCGUCAGUCAACUUCGGAACUUUUUGAAAGCCGAAAGAGUUGAAAGGAAGAUCAUAAAGCGAACGAUCGCUCACUUCAGCUACUGGUGGAUAAGGACAAAAGGCUUAAAUGUGCACACAUUAACGUUUGAACGUAUGGGAGUGAUCUUCAGACAAGAUCUGAGUUACUACUUUUACAAAACAACUUAUGCUGCUCUAGACACCAUAUUAAAAGGCGGUGAACAAUUCCAACGUCAGAUGUCAAGUCUGAGUAUACAAAUGUACUUUUUAUCGAAGUCAGAGAUCAUGAAAGAAAAGCACCUAAUGCCUUACAUAUACGUAGUCCACAGAGGCAAGGUAGUGGUGUCCCAAGACGGAGAGAAACUGGCCGUUUUGUCUAAGGGAUCCAUAUUUGGCCAGCUUACAGGCACCACGCCGCGUCCCGUCAGAGUGAGCGUAAACGCCGUGGGGUUCGCUGAUGUGUUACAGUUGACGAUCAAGCAGUUCAAUGAGCAACUCACUGAUGACAUAAGAAACACAAUUAAAAAUAAUCCAGAAUCAGAAUUCGACUUUAUGGCAACAAAAUCAUUUCACCGGGAAAAACCGGUGAAUACAAUAAAAUACAUAUUAAGAGGUCGCAAAACUAUACAACUGCCAUGGAUGCGCUCACCAAAGGAAGCACAUAGAGGCAACUGGUAUUACCGGUGGCUGUACUUGUCAUGGCUACUCGAGCCCGCCGCCUGCACCUAUCUCACUGCAAUAUUUUUGGUUCUGCCUGAGGAAGCCACAACCGUCCGCCUGUAUUUCCACGUGAUCUUCCUCUUUGAUCUGGUUCACUUGAUUCACACUGUCACUCAAUAUUAUAAUUUGAAAGUUGAGAUAGUCGGCGACAAAUGUGUAUAUAGAAAAGUUGGCUUUCGAAUAUUUAAAGAGUGGAGGUUUUACGUCGAUGUAGUGUCAUUGUUUGUUCCUCCGCUUUCGUUUGUGUUCCAAACUUGGGUUUUUCGGUUGGCCAGGUUCCUCCGCUUGUACCAGUUUUACGACUUCAACCAACACUUUUGCAAAACUUUUAAGAGUCAAAGGGCUUCUAUUACAUUGAAAUUUUUAAUUUUGACAUUACUAAUACAUCUCAUGACUUGUGGAUGGAUACAUUUUGCUUGUAGAGACCCUAAAUUUCCGAUACAACUACCAAACAUAACAGCUAAUUAUAAUAGAACUAUUGACUAUGGAGAAUGGACAAUGGCUGACAAACGAGCUGGAGGCUGCGCCCGAAUCACGCGCACCUUUUUGGGCACCUCUGGAUAUCGGAGGGUAACUUUUAUAGUACCCAAUAACUGGGUAGCUGAUUACAUUGUGGCAUUGACGUUCGUACUAAUACUGCACACACACCAAGCCAUGGACUGCGUCAUGCAAUUGAACAUUACUCAAAUUUACUACAAGAUCUUCAUAUGCUUCAUAAUAAACUUGAUUGAUAUAUGGCUUAUGAGCGUGGCUGUUAGUGCGGUGUAUACCAAGUUUCGAGAACUUUACCAGUAUGACUUCAGCGUCAUAACUUUGACCAAGUAUCUACAACACAGUGGGCUUUCCCCGUCUCUAGUUCAAUCUGUAAUCGAGUAUUGCAAACACUUGUGGGAUCGGCAAAAAGGCAAUUGGCUGCCAGAACUGGCGCACCAAGCACCUCAUUGCCUUCGCGAAGACAUUCUUGGCGCCCUAUACUUGCAUCACAUACUAACACCACCCAUUUUUAGACAACUACCUGAGUAUUUUACUAGGCAGUUGGUAGCCAGAGUUGGACGAAUCGUUGUAUUCCCAGGAAAGUGCAUCGUCCAAGAAGGUGAUAUAAAUUCUAUCAUUUACUUCAUUCAUGAAGGUGAGGUCGAAAAGUGGUGCAAUUUUAAUAGUCCUGAAAGAAAAUUGGUCUCCUUAUUGACCACAAACGGUUAUUUUGGGUUCAUCCCUGGAUUGUUCCCCAACAUGCAAUUUGUGUUCACUUACACCUCUCGCACGGUUGUUGACCUUGUAUACCUGAGGCUACAUGACUGGAGUGAUUUACUGACCGCAUAUCCUGACGUAAAGGUAAAAUUAUAUUUAAUGGCUCGACAGCUGAAGACCAAAAGAGGAGAUUCUUUUAAGAGGGAUAUGUCAGCAACUUAGAUUUAUUUAAUUAUAUUAUUGUUAAUAUAGUCUAUUCUUAUUAAAUU